UUUUUUUUGGGGGGAAUAAACAAGCAACAUCGCCGCACCAUUUCCACUCAGCGCUGUUUUUUACAGCAUCGAGCGUUGCGAAGUUGGAUAACGUCUCUUUGAGCUGCUUUACGGCAUAACGUUCACCACGAUUUCCGGCCCAACCAGAACUUGUGUUUACACCUAAUUAGCUAUUCAGCUAGCGCCAAACAUCACACACGAUGCCCAGGGCAAACUAAGUCGACCACCCCGCCCAAGUGUAACUUUCCCCCCAGUGCUUGAGACUGUUUUCUCCGUGACCCCACGGCGCCGUCAUGUCGAGCGGCACGGCUCUUCACAGCCAGAUCGGCUCCAUCAUCACCGCCCUGUGCAACGCCGCCGCGGCGCAGAUCACCAAAGUGGUGGAGGACGGCAUGGUGGUGUUGCGCUUGGAGGUGACCCAGCGAGAACACGAGAUUCGGCGGCUGAGGAGCAGCGUGGAGGUGCUGCACGGCGAGCUGAGAGCCGCCCAUCGCAUGGCGGACAACCUGCGGGGAGCGCAGCAGCAGCUCGCACCCCGGUUGGAGUGCGCUCCACUCGGUGCAGCUUCGUUGGAUGAUGGCAGUGUCACCAAGGCUGAGAAGCCCGAAAAGCUCCAAAGCGACUUUUCCGAUGUCGUUGUGAAGCAGGAACCCGUGCAACCGCCCGAUUGCGAUCAACCCGGUCCGCCGACGGAAAGACCGCGGGAAAACCUGGGUGAAAUUUUGGCGGACGAGCGGCAGACAGGAACUGCCGGCCGCGGGGCGCACCGCCACUUGUAUAGCAACAUACGGCGGCGAAUGGUCAACCGGCUGCUGUUCAAGCGGGGUGUGGUCUGCCCCUUCUGCGGCAAAUAUUUUGAGCAUUCCGGGAACCUGGAGCGGCACAAGAGGAUCCACACGGGGGAAAAGCCGUACCGCUGCGACGUUUGCGGGCGACGCUUCAACCAGAAGGGCAGCCUCAAGGAACACACCAAGAUCCACCAGAGAUCUCUUCAGUUGGCGCCAGCUGACAUCCAACACACCCCGGCGCAGCACUCGAGCCCAAACACCCAUCAUCCAGCAGAAGGCAACAUCACGUCAGCGUCCGAGGGGGUCUCCGCCGACCGUCCGGAAUUGUCUCAUAUUGCAGCGGUCAAAUCGGAGCCCAUGGAGGAGAGCGUGACACAGCCUGAAGGGGAAGCGGCGGACAAGCAAAAGUCAUCGUCUUUAUGUGACGGGACAAACAAUCGGUCGCCGCAGAACGGCGGAGAGGUCCCGGCGGGUGCUCUGCUCAUUCCGGCUCACGCCGAGACCUCUUGCCGUACGUUUGUCUUUCCCGGAAAACCUUAUGGCGAAAACAACAACAACCUCGUGAUGUCAUCGCAGCUGCCAUGCCCCCGGUCCGCCACCGGUCCGCCAUGGGAGCCGUCCGACCACGACCAAAACGGCACCGGCUCCUUUUACCGGGAGUUCCGGCCCAAGAAAUGUUUCUACUGCUCGUACUGCGGUAAGAUGUUUGUGCGUGCCGGACACCUGGAGCGACACCUGCGCAUCCACACGGGCGAAAAGCCCUACGGGUGCCACAUUUGCGGACGAUGCUUCAACCAGAAGUCCAGCCUCAAGUGCCACAUGAAGACGCACAGGAACGACACCAACAAGGAAGCGCAGGGGCCGCAUCCCCUCACGCAGCACAUUCCCGACACUCGUCCGCAGAAGCCGGCCCUCGAUCCCUUGCUCGGGCUGGAGACCCUGACCGACCCGGUGAGGUACGGUGAGGUGGGCGAAAGCGACGCCUAUUUAGACGCCGGCAAGUGGCGCCAUUACGCCACCAAUGGCGAGAUAGAUAUGCUGGAUCCGUUCUCGCAAGGGGGGAUGGUGGCGGCCCACGAGGACGGGACCGUAGCAGACUUCGCUCCGCCGUCCUCCGACUCGGCUCGAAACUGCUACAUCUGCUCGGCGUGCGGGCAGAGUUUCGACUCGUUUGUUCUUUUCGAGAGGCACCGGUGCAAAAGCGACGCGGUGUUCAAGUGCGACGUCUGCGGUCAGAGCUUCGACCACGCCGACAAACUGCAAGUGCACGUCAAAGUCCACCGGUAGAAAGAAUGUUGACCAAGCUCUUGUGUGUGUUUGAUCUCAUCUCGUUCUGAUUUUGAGAAACAGAAAACAAUGAGAACAAACAGACGUCGCAAUUGACCAAAAUGAUGUUGAGGAAUUUUUGAUCCGAAGCGCUGCUGUUUGUCAUGAAACAUGACCUUGCUGCGGUCACCCGUGCGGAAUGUUGCGGAGAACUGGCUGCAUUUCAUUCGGUUGUGUCUAAGUGAACCAGUAUUAUUUGAAGGUGAUGUACUAUCAAAUGUGAUUGUAACGCCUUUCUCCUAUCUAUUGCAGCGUUAAAUCAUGUGAAUAUGUUAUGGGUGUGUUGUUUCAAAGCCAACGCAGUGUUUGUCCCACAUUUUGUAAAAAUGAACCUGGCUGACAUUUUCACUUGUCUGAACAAAAGAACUGCCUUAUAUUGUCCGAACAAAAGAACUGCCUUAUAUCACACGUGUUCUUUUAUUUACUGUAAAGGUACAUUACAUGCACACAGCAGUGUGGGAAUGGUUAUAAUUAAGGGAAUGGGAAAGGUGUAUGUAGCAUAAAAGGAGGGUUUAAAAAGCUUUAAUAUCGUGUACUGGACCACAAUGGAGCAGCUAAUUCAUGUGCAACCAUGACUAACUUUGGUUUUGUAAUGCAUCAUAGGUGAACACUUUGUAGUGCUUUGCAAGGGAAACCGUACUUCUAAAUAACUUACAUUAAACCCAUGGCAAACAAAUUUCUGAAUAGUAAAUGUAUACACUGUUUCUACUUCGGAGAAUGUCAUCUUUCGCAGGUGCUUCUGGAAUGCAUCUCCAGCGAAAAACGAGGUAUCACUGUACUUUUGUGUAUAUGACUGCCGUUUUGUACAAGAACCACAACCUAGAGUUCUGAUUGCUUUGUUAUUGAUCUCACAAAGUAUUACCUUGAACUGUGUAGUCAUUGGUCAUUUUUUUCAAAUGUUCUUCGUGCAAAAGGGAUGUUUUUUCUUUGUAUAUGAAACAGAUUAAAAGUGCAUUCAUCAA